CAAUAUGUAGAAUAUGACGGUUUGAAACUAAAACUGUGAUUCUGAAGAAAGUUUAAAUUGAUAUUGGAAUUCCGUUUGACUCCCAUGUUAUAAAAAGAUAAUAUUUUUAAAAUAGAAUAUCUUAAAAAGUAUAAAAUAUUUAAAAAUUUGAAAACAAGCACGCGAUUCCAAGCAAUUUUAAAAUUUGAAUGGAGACUCUAGGUGAAAAAUUGAGGAAGGAGAUAGGUCCCAAAGUUUGUAGAGAAUAAUAAAGAAAGAAAGAAUAAAACUUAUGAAGAACGAUAGUUGAGCGCUGCAUGUAGCACUCACCUGAUCAAUGUUGUAGGCCUAAAUCCCAUAGACUUACUCAAAAAAUCUUGAAAGUUGGUGCAAAUUGUAUUGAAUGAUUGAUUACUGAACAGGUUUCAAAGUGGUUAUAGAUCAGUGUUCUGCUGUUUGUUAUCAUAGUAGCCUAAAUAAGAUGCAUACAUAGCCUAUUUAAAAUUAUAAUAAUACAAUAAAAGUAUUACCUGCCUCUAACAUAUUUAAACAUAGCAGCACGUCCGGGGUGGAUAUGUAUUUCGUUCAUUUUUGGCCUAUUACUAUAGUUGCCUAAAAUUUCAGUCACUAAACCCAGUCAAUAUUAUUCAGUCUCUUUUUGCAUUCUUGUAUGGAAGACGCUAAUGUUAGAUGACUCAAACAACCUGUAGCCAUGACAACAAAGUGGGACCUUGACACCAUGACGAUAGACUCUGGCUCUAUAAUGCCGGGAUAUCCUCUGAAUCUGAUGUCAGGCAACUCAAUCAGAGUUACCACGACUGACAUGGUCAUUCUAACCACAAACCACAUGAAUCAUAUCACAUAAUGCACGCAUUGUUAAUUCACUGCACACUAAUGUUAUUCUAGUGGUGCAAACAUACAACAAUUUGACUUUAUCUUUAAAAUAUAUUUGCCCCAUGCCAGGAUAUAUGAAUAUGCCAAUCAAGCACGUCCAUAUAAGCCUCUAAGUCUCUAAGCAAAACCAAUAGACUUUCCAUCAAUUCAUAACACAAUCGGUUGCUCAUUUUUCUUGAGUAUGAGAGAAGGAAAACAUUUUAUUGUAAUAAAGGUAAUUUGAGAUAUAAUUGUUUUGUAGCUACUUCCUCCCUGAUAGGAUUGGUCUCAGCCUCACUUGAGUCGUUGUGUGGGUCAAUGUCAAUGUCAAAUCUCAAUACUGAAAGUACAAUGUAAAAUAUGAUUAUUUAUUUUGUUGUAUUAUGGUUUAUCCAUAUUGGUGCCUCAUCUCAUUUCAGUUUGACUAAAUCAAUUGUUUUUGAUCAACAAUGUACCAUUCAUUACAUUUUAUAUCAGAAUCUAUUUUAUUUAGUAGGCCUAUGGGUAUUUAUUUUCCUCAAACAAUGUUUUAUAGAUUAUUUUAAUCAAUCUCUCUUAAUUGCUCUGAAUAUGGCUAAAUAAAGAAUUCAAACACUUUCUAACUUCGUGAAAUAAAGUGUUGGGGGAGUGGCCGUGGUGUGGUGGCUGUUCGCGUAUCGCCUAGGCUGAGGAUGCUGAAUUGUAGCGUUAUCCUGGUUUACCCAACGCAAUUUCCGGUCCAAUAGUUCCUAUGAGCUUAGUACUCCAGUCAACAGUCCCAGGAGCAAGUCGGAAUAACAAAUGGAAAGAUAACCACAUCAUUGACAAGGAUUAUUAAUAUGUCACGUUGUGACAAAGAAUGUGACAGCAUUAUCCGUAACCUGUAACGGAUAUCCCUCCCUGGCUCUCUCUCGCCUCUAAACCCAUGCAACUGAAAGUCCCGCCCUCUCGCUAGUCAGAAGAGCCGAUUUGGAGCAUCCCCGUUCGGGUGCGUUUUGUUGUGGGACGAGAACGCCUGGGAACGAGGCGAAGUAAGCAUCGUUCGUCUGGCCUAUAUUCCUGCUCUCAAUCCUCGACAGUACACCUGGGAAGUAACUGCUGGUUAGAGUACAUGUAAUAAAGCGUUUAUGACGAGAGGACGAAGCGGCUCAUGUCCCGCUCUUCGACCACCGUGUCUGGGAUGAUGCCCAACAGACUAGUCCGGUGCCUGGCAGGUGCUUAUGGCUGUCAGUGGAAGCGGUACCGGGGGACUCACAUGCAGCAAGGGGAUUGUUGUUGCAACAAGUUGGAAGGGGCAAGCUUUGCUCUACUUCUAACAGCCUUCUGCUUGACCCUGGUGUUCCUGUACUUUUGGAGCCAAGCACAGAACGACUACAAUGAUUUUGACUGGUUUAACUUUAUGAACCUGGGCUUCUGGGUCCCGUGGUCCGUGGUGCUGCUGGUCGUCGCCGCGUCCUUCUUCACGUACACGGCUGUGCUUAUGCUGCUUGCGGUGUGUUUGCUAUCUGAGGGCCAAAAACUCUACUUACACUGGAGUCACAAGAUUGGAAUUGGGGUGAGCCUAGUGUUCUCUGCGGGUGCUAUCGCCGUAUUGACCGGCCUGUGGGGCGAUGAGUGGGAGACACUUGUGCUCUCUUUCCAGGUGACUGCACCUUAUUUGCACGUGGGGGGCGUUCUGUUGGCCACGGCCCUGGGCUGGCCAGUCGCUUUGCAUUUCUUUUGCAUGAACAGCAGAGUCAGACAGGCCCUGGUCCUGGCCCUGUACCUGGGGGGUCUGGUGGCUCUUUACCUGUCUCCCCUGGGGAUGUACUCCCCCUGCAUCAUGGAGAAGGGCACCCUGGGACCUGCUCCAGGCCUCAUCGGCCACAGAGGCACGCCCAUGCUGGCUCCGGAAAACACGGCCAUGUCCUUUGAGAAGGCGGUGGAGGCAGGAAGCCUGGGCCUGGAGGCAGACGUCACGAUAAGCUACGACGGGGUGCCGUUCCUCAUGCAUGACGUCACUCUGCUGAGGACCACCAACGUCCGGGAGGUUUUCCCCGACCGCACGCACGCCCCCGCUGCCCUGUUCUCCUGGGCCGAGCUGGAGAGCCUCAACGCCGGAGCCUGGUUCCUCUCGCACAAUCCUUUCGGCACUGUGGCGUCGCUGGGUGCGGCGGAGCGGGAGCGAGCGGGGAACCAGUCGGUGUGCAGCCUGCGGACCUUCCUGGAGCUGGCCGCCGCCCGGCGGGACACACUGGUGAUCUUUGACCUCUACCGACCGCCCAGAGGUCACCCGUACCGGGACAGCUGGAUCCAGCGUACACUGGAGGUCAUCCACAACGAGUCGUCCAUACGGUCGCAGCAGGUACUAUGGCUGCCCCCGGACUUGCGGGCCGUGGUGCAGGAGAUAGACCCUGAGCUCCAGCAGACGUCCAGCCGGCUCCCCCUAGAGGAGCUCCGGCGCAACCGCAUCGUCAAAGCCAACCUGCACUACAGGGACAUGUCCACCGAGCUCAUCGGGGAGUAUGCUGCGGCGAACAUCACCACCAACCUCUACGUGAUCACCCAGCCCUGGCUCUACUCCCUGGCCUGGUGCGCGGGCGUGCACUCGGUCACCACCAACGCCCCGCACAUCCUCCGUGCACUGCACACACCGCUGUUCCUCAUGACUCCAGGCGAGUAUAAUGUGAUGUGGAUCCUGACUGAUGUAGCUUCCUUCAUACUGGUUCUUCUCCUCUUCUUCUUCCAUUGGUGGCGCAAACAGAGUCUUGCCUGCAGUAAAUCUGCCCUGGAGGAACCGGGCACCUACAGGAAGAUCAGACCAGAGAUGGGUGACGUGUGGUCCGUCCCCACCAUCCCCGCCCAGAGAGAGCAACGCAUCGCACUGACUUCAUCGCUCGACUGGCCAGCGCGAGGGAAGGAGUCCCCUGGCUGAUCCCAUACUCGCACUGCCAAUGUUGGAUGUGGACAGAACACAGCAGCCUCAGAUUAGUUGCACGCAGCUGUAGGGAUUUAGUUUCGCUCUUAAGGUUGGAUAUAUUUCUUUAAGGAAAAAUGCAUUGAAUCCCAGCUGAACAUUUCUGGCUGUGACCCCCAAUGUCUGCCGCAGAACCGUUUAAAACCCGUAUCUCAAUAGAUGAACUGGGAAUUCAGGGACCACAAUGGAAAUCAGCUUUCGGGUUUUAUUGGUUCAUCCCUGACUAUUUAUCUAUUUUAAUGUAUGACAGAGUGCUGUUCAUAUUUUAUAUAAAAAUGGUCAAAAUCAAUCAAUCCCAUUCGAAGAGCAUCUGCUGAAAUGGUAAAAAAAACUAGCAAUAUUAAAUGAUGUGAAAUCAUCGCAUGGUGAAAACGGUUGACCCCCAGCCCUUUAAAGACCUAAUUAUAGACAUUAUAUUGUGAUGCCCUCCGUUCACAUUGUCUUUGAUCCAAAGUGACUCGAGGCUCAGAACACCCGAAGCAUACGAUCAGGAUCGCAGCAACUAGUGCCUGAUUACCACGCCUCUAAAAAAAACGAAAGAGACAUAGGGAGUGAUUCACUAAAUAGGAAUCAGAAAAUCAGGGUGCAUUAAAAAGAUGUCAUUAGCCCUUUUGCUAAAUCAACUAUCAGAGAAUGUAAAACAGCUGUUUUUUGUUGUUGUUUGAAGUUGAAGAAAUCCUAAGAUAAUUGAUGAUUUAUUCUAGAAAGCCCCUGGGAAACAUCUGUUUGGAUGAUUUGAUUGAUGAUUCU